AUGGAGAAAAAGAUUGAGCUAUUGACAAAGAAAACAUCCGAGCAGACGUGGAGGAGUCUAACGCCAAAAGCACUCGACAGUGCAGAGAAAAAACACUCCCAAACGCCAAAAAUAUUGAUUGGAUCGAAAUCAAUUGGCAUCUCACCACCCCCAAGUAACACGAAGAAAGAGACAAUCCAAGCCACACAUGUGUUGUGGAAGCCUUCAGUAACUCGUCCCCGGGAAAUGUAUAAUGCGGUUUUGGGAGAUGAUGAUGAAGGUGAACCGAUUUAUGCGUCGACACGAGUGUCGCCCUCAAAGUCGGCGACUCCUCGGAACUUUUUGGUUCGUUCGAAGUCCUCAAAGAACUAUUUCGAGAAGAAAACGCCAGAAAUCAUCGAAGAAAAGGGGAGCUCACAAAGUCUCUCCGAGUCAAGUCGGGCAGAUAGCAUUAAUGGGAAGAAGACAUAUAAGAGCGACUCAGAUCCGCAAUCAACAAAACACUUCCACAUGAACAGUUUCAUUAAACUUGAGUUUGAACCAAAACAAGGCAAAAGAUGUGAGCGACUCUUAGACGCUUCGUUACUUUCUGAGACUCGAGAAGAUCUCAAACUGUUUCUUGAAGACGUUGAAAAGUGGAAAACAGCCAAUUUGUUAGAACAUUUGAAUUACUAUGGCCGAGUUCGACCAAUCAAAGUGUCGUGUAUUACAUGGAACAUUGAAGAGAAAGGAAUCAAUGUAAUUACACUGGAAGGAAUGAUGAAUUCAGUGCAGAAAGAUAUUGACAUUGUUGUUCUUGGGCUUCAGAAUUAUAAGGGAGACAUUAUAGAAAUGGGGAAUGCGAUUCUACCGAUAUUCGAAAGAAAGGGUAUUACUAUGCAACUAGGUGACUUGAUGCAAAUUGACUCUAUUGGUGUAGUUAUCCUGACCAAAACGAGUUUACCAAUAAAGAAUAAAGGUAUUGGAUUUACCAGUUUUGAAGAUGGGAAGAGGCACAAAAGUCUCAAAGGGUGUGUUGGGGUCAGACUUGAAUUGUUUGACUCUUCGAUGUGCUUUUUGUGUGUAUUAGGAACGAACAACGGGAUGGAAGAUCCUCUAAAAAAGAUAGAUGAAGGGAUUAAGAAGAUGACAUUCACAGGGAGGUUGGGGCAGAAGAAAAUGGAAUAUACUCUCGACACCCAUGACAUCGUUUUUGUGAUGGGAGACUUCAAGAGUGAAGUCAUUGGGAUGGAAUAUGACGAUGUGCUUAAAAAUAUUGUAUCACAAGAAUUGGAAGAGUUGCGAAAGAAAGACAAUUUAGUGAAGAAUUUGUGUAUGAAAGAAUACUUUGGAGGGUAUGAAGAGUUUUGUAUCGACUUUGAUCCAACUUACCAAAUCAAGAGUGGACUCACAUCAAAAUUCAUUACAAACCCUUACACUGAGAAAAAGCCCGGGUGGCCAGAUCGGGUCAUUUUUAAAACAAUUAAACGGCACUACGUAGAAGUGCUUAAAUACACAAGCUUCGACUUGUUUGUCAGUCAACACAAACCAGUCAUAUGCUCCGCUUCUCUUUAUCUUCAAGAAUUCGAUAAAAAGAAGAAAGCCGAGGUUAUGUCUUAUUUGAAUAAGCUCGAAAAGUGUUACACCAAAUAUGCAAAAGUACAUAAGAUGCAAUAA